CUUGGAUGAACAUUUUUGUUCCAUGUCACGUAGAUCGUAGAUGUUAGAUGACGUUAGAUGACGUUUGAGACGUCAGAAUGACUCAUUCCCACAUUCCCAGCUUGCAACGAAUAGCUUUUAUUGAAAUUGGAAGUUCCCAGUCGAUUUCCUAAUUCGUUUUUCGUUUAUUUAGUGAAUUAAAAUAAUUAUAGCAACAAUGGCAAAUAGUAGCUAUAGAACAGUGUACGCUUUCGCCAGAGAAAUGUAUCCAAAACGAAUAAAACUGGAAAUGCAAUAUGGUACAGCAGGUUUCCGUAGCAAGGCUAGUAACUUAGAUCAUGUUAUGUACCGUAUGGGGCUGCUUGCUGUACUUCGGGCUAGGUAUAAAAAAGCUGUUAUUGGUGUUAUGAUUACUGCAUCUCACAACCCUGAACCAGAUAAUGGAGUGAAGGUAGUAGACCCACAAGGAGAAAUGCUGGAACAAUCUUGGGAAGCUUGGGCAACAAAGUUUGCAAAUGUUGUCGACGAAAAAUUAGAAGACACGAUAAACGAAUUGAUAAAGGAAUUCGACAUUGGGAACAUGGGAGAUAGGGUAGAAGUGGUAAUAGGCAGAGAUACUCGACCAAGCAGUCCACAUUUGACUAAAGCCGUAAUGGACGGAGUUCUAGCUUUGGCAGGAAAGCCUAUUGACUAUGGAAUUGUUACCACACCUCAACUACAUUACUUUGUUGUAUGCAAGAAUACUAAUAGACGAUAUGGUCAGCCUACAGAAGAAGGUUACUACAGAAAACUGACGAAUGCUUUCAAGAAAAUUCGGGGAAAUAACUACACUUGUGGGAAAUAUACAAAUAAAGUACUAUACGAUGGCGCCAAUGGUGUUGGUGCAAAGAAAGUCAAGUAUCUGAAAGAAGCACUGGGAGAAAGUCUGAUAAUCGACAUGUAUAAUGACGAAAUAAUCGGUUCUGGGAAAUUAAACUACUUGUGCGGCGCAGACCACGUCAAAACGCAUCAAGACUUCCCAGUUGGAGUCCCGAGAAUCCCGAACGCUCGGUGCUGCUCUGUAGAUGGAGAUGCAGACAGAAUCGUUUAUUAUUACUUGGACGAUAAAGAAAAUAUUCAUUUGUUAGAUGGGGAUCGGAUAGCAACACUGAUUGCGGAUUACCUCCGAGAGCAUCUUACUGCCACUGGCAUUUCUGAACUCACCAUAGGCUUGGUGCAGACAGCGUACGCAAAUGGGGCGUCGACAGAGUACAUCACGAAUCAUUUGAAUAUACCAGUGGCGUGUGUUUCUACAGGAAUUAAGCAUUUGCAUCAUCAAGCUCUCACAUACGACGUUGGAGUUUACUUUGAAGCAAAUGGACAUGGUACUGUAGUUUUUAGUAAUUAUGCCAAGGACAGAAUGAAGGAUAGGGUCAAGAACGAAAGUUUCCCUAUUCAGCAGAGAGAGGCUUGCGAAAAGUUACUGUCUUUGAUCGAUCUAAUCAAUGAAACAGUGGGAGAUGCCAUCUCUGACAUGCUUCUAAUAGAGACGAUAUUGCAUGCUAGAGAAUGGGAUAUCACUGAUUGGGAGGCGUGCUAUAAGGAUUUGCCGAACAGACUCAUGAAGGUUUCUGUGAAGGAUCGAAACGUGAUUACUACGACAGACGCAGAAAGGAUAUGUCAGACGCCAGAUGGUCUUCAGGACGAAAUCGACUCAUUGGUUUCUAGGUACAACAAAGGCAGGUCAUUUGUAAGACCUUCGGGUACGGAGGACGUCGUACGCGUCUAUGCAGAGGCCAAGAGUCAGGAAGAGGCCAACAAAUUGGCUGCAGAGGUGGCAAUGAAAGUGUACGAAAUGGCAGGCGGUGUAGGGACGGCUCCCGAGGUUCCAGCUUAACUGUAAUGAGCAUGCAUGCGGGAGCUAUGGUCUAGUGCUUCGUCAUUAUUUUAACGGUGCUUCGUAUAUACUCACAAUCUUAUUUUUGGUACACUGAUGAUGAAUUAUGACUCGUUCGAAUAUCUCUUGCCUCUAAGGUAGCUCUGGUGUGAGGGCGUUCAAAAGUAAUGUCACUCUUGUAUUUUUGAAAAACUAGUGGUGAUCCAAGUCUUCAGCUUUUGACGUCAUUCAUCACGAUAUUAGAAUCUCAUUGAACAAUGUAUAAAAAAUCCGAUGAUAGCAUUUAGCGCUACAUACCGUGACAAAAACCAAGAGUCACAGACAAAUGAGAUUCCAAAAACGAAAACUUGAUGGACGAUAAGAAAGGAAAAGAAAUUAAGAGCUUGGAUUGUCCGAGCUCCUCAGAUUAUAACUCUAUUAAGCUUAAAAUUCACUUUUCUGACGUGUUUAUUGUCAGGUUGUAAUGUCAAAUCAAAUAGCUAAAGUUUCAUCGCAAGAUAUAAACUUUUGAUAUAGUACUUUCACACUAGUAGACUUAGAACUCGGGAAUUGCGGUGGAGUGUUGUAGACAGUGACGUACCUGAGAAGUCACGAGAUUUACUGCGUAGAAUCCUUGAUCCUUGAUAAAAUAAAAAAAAAUGAGGAGUCAAAGCUCGGGCUACUUUGCACCGCGCUUACGUACGCCUCUGGUUGUAGAAUUUUUGUUUGGAAAUGUCUGUUGCAAUGCUUUAUGGUGGAACUGGGUACUAAUUUAUGUUUAAUUGUCAUGAUUUCGAAAAGUUUGAAGCAACUUCAAUACUGUGUGGCUAUUUACUGUUUGCUGGCACUAACAGAUUUAAAACCUACUAUGGGUGACACACAAAAAUAAAUUUAAGCAGUUUUAUGAAUACUUAAAAUAUUCCCAAUGUAUAUUGUAAUAAUAUCAACGUAUUUUUUUUUUGAGGAGGUACAUCAAAAAAUAUCAUUAACUUUAUAUUUUUUACUGAAUCAUUAUUUUAUUUUGCCCACUAAACCUUUUUACCUUUGAAAUGGGUUUACCAUUUUGUAAAUACUCAUUAUACUUGAAAACAAGGUUUUCUUUUUUUAAUAUUAUUACUUUUAGUAUAGCUUAUUUUAUCACUAAUCAUUUCUUCUCAUUUAAUAUUAUUUCUUCAAGAAAUACAACUACUUCACUCCAUCCAUGGUUUUAUAUUUUCGAAAAUAUUUUCAUAUUAGAUAUAUAGUUACGCAGUUCAAAUAUUCUUGACUAGUCUAUUUAUACAAGGAAUCAAAUGUGCAAUUAAUUUAUUUUGUAUAUUCAUUAGAGAUCAUGCCAUGAUGAUUUUGAUAUCAUUUUUGUUGUAAAAAUACACAUUAGAUAAUUUAUAUAUAAAAUGCUCAGCUUAAUUAACAGGUCACCUUUUUGAACAUAUUUUGUUUCAACUCGAAGACCACAGAUUUUUUCUCCUGAGAAUAUCACACAUGGAGCCUAUACAUAUACGGCAAUGCUGUUCGCGCUGUAAAAACGACCAUGAAACUUGAUGCUUGGAGUACCAGUGGUGAUCUGACACGGUUGCCAUGUUGGGUAUAUUUACUUGACGAUAUAAUGUUCUGGGGAAAUCACACGUUUCGCGAAUAGAAAGCACCCCCUGCUCUUUGAACCAAACCUAACGCUUUGCAUUGGGAUUUGUGGGAUAUUUCAAGAAAAAUUAAUUCUGAGGAAUUUUUGUGUUUGUUCUGGGGAAAUUCUGUCCGACCCAUCUGGCAACGCUAUGCUUUGACAGAUCCGCCAUAUGAACACUUUCGUUAUCGUAUAAGAUCCGGCCGCUUGAAUCUGCAGGUAUCUGUUACAGCAGGGUUGCCUUUGCCAGGCAAUCCGGCUGUAAUCUGUUCUACUAUUGUUUAUCACUCAUAAAAAUUAAAUUUUAUCAAAAAACAGAUACUUGCAUAUUCAAGCGGCCGGAUCUCGUACUCGAUCACUCGACGCUCAAUCAGGCAUCAAGUUUUUGGGUCGUUUUUUGAUCAUUUCCCUAGUACUCCUGGUAUAUAGGUCCAAAAUAUUACAGCUGGCUGCAUUUUCACUAAGCUUCUCUUCGACAUCACAUAUCAUUUGACAGAAGUUGUGUAUUUUCCUACGUGGGAGUUAAACAGCACAAGAUAGCUACGAUUUAUUUUUCAGGGCGAGUCAUUUAUUAUUAGUUUAUUUUGAAUCUGCAUUUAUGCAACUUGAUUUGUAUCGCGCAAGUCAUACAGUUUUUAACAGGAAUCCCACAUUUCUAUAUCAAGCAAAUACGUCAUAUGUCUUGAAGAUUGGUUCACCAGUCAGAAGACUACAAGCGAAUAGUCUAGGAAGACUAUGAACUUGCAAUGACGCUUGUACCUAAACAAUAAAAAAAUAAGAACGAUAGAACCACUGUGCGUCUAUUUAAACAAAACAGUUAACUGUUUAUUAAGUUGAGCAGUUUAUGGAGUCUCCCCACUGCCAAUAAGUUUAUGAAUUAGGGGUGUACCAUUUGUUUGCAUUAGAUAACUUUUAUACAAAUGACAAAAUAAAAUAUUUGAUAAACUUCACUGUAGUAUUUAUUAUAUGCACAAAUGAUCGAAAAUACUGUUGCCGAUCCAAAAGGAUUGUUUAUUUUUCAAUGCUCAGGCGCUAUACGCCAUGUCCUAUGUCCACUAUAUUUCCGAGAGCUACAUCAUCCUUGGCGUCAUGAUUGGCUUUAUAUGAAUGCGUGUAACCCUUACGCAGUUUAACCUCCAAUCUUUAGUCUUCAUGGAGGUUAGGAAGAAGUGACAAAUGAUGACGAAAUAUUUGCACCUUUGCCAUGCCUCGGUUGACCGCACAUGACACACAUUUCAACAUAGAGACCAUGUCAAUAUUCCACUAU